GCGCUCGCGUGUGGAUGUGUACGGAUCUACGGGUGUGGAAGUAGCAAAACUCCCCCUUGUAUUAUAUUUAUAGUGUGAGUAGAGAAGCCUAGGGUUUCUGGCAGCUUCUUCACUUCCAUCCUUUGGCUCCGACGAGAACCCUUCCAGUCAGCGAAAAUGACCAAGCGUACGAAGAAGGCUGGGAUCGUCGGCAAGUACGGCACGAGAUAUGGUGCCAGCUUGAGGAAGCAGAUCAAGAAGAUGGAAGUGAGCCAGCAUGCAAAAUACUUCUGCGAGUUUUGUGGGAAGUACGCAGUUAAGAGAAAGGCUGUUGGAAUCUGGGGUUGCAAGGACUGUGGCAAAGUUAAAGCUGGAGGCGCUUACACAUUGAAUACUGCGAGCGCUGUAACUGUGAGGAGCACAAUCCGACGGUUGAGGGAGCAGACCGAGGGAUGAUGAAAUGUUCUCCAAUCUUCCCUAUAUAUAUUCUUCUAUUGACAUUUGGAAAUUACUUGUUUAGAUCCGAAAUGCUUGAAAGUGUUAGAGAUCAGAUUCUGGUUUGUUGAUUUAAAGGUAAUAGAUAGCACCACUAGCACCACUGUUCUGGUUA